AUGAAUAAUUCAUCAAAUUCUAAUUCUAGAUAAUCUGCUCAAAACAUCAUCAACAAAUACGAACAAAAUAAUAAUGAGGAUAGAUUCACAUUUUAAGUUAGACCCAAUUCACCCAGAGAGACUUUUGGAAAACAAACAUAAGCCAGGAAUAGCCAAGUUCAAAUCCUAAGAGAAAUUGAUUAGGCCAAUCUUUCUAAGAUGCUUAGUGAUUUCUCCAUUGUUUCAGAAUAAGAAGAAUCCAUCUGCCAAAAUCAAUUCAAUAAUCCAAUUGGAAUAGGUACUUGUCUAUCUCCAUCCUUAGUUUAACCUACUCAAGUGAUCCAAUAAAAACAAUAAGAGCAAGUCUAAGAAAAUCAGAGUUAUCGUGGAACCUUUGGCAAGAAUCCCUUCUUUCAACCUAAAUCAGAAGUUACCGAAAUCAUCGAAAAAAGUUAUUUAGAAGAAGAACUAUACGAUGACAUGUCCGUUUUAAAAGACAAAGUCAUGGGAUUGCUAUAGGCCUAUGCAGACGAUCUAAGAAAAUCAAAUAAUGAUCCUAACAUCAAAUCUAAAAUCCAUGUUGAUGCUAAACAAGUCUUAAAAGAGUAUUCCCAAAUCAUCGAGAAAGUUAAUCAAUCUGAAAUUUCCUAAUUAAAUGUUUCCCAAAAUCCCGGAAAAAAAGAACAAGAAUUAAACUUGAUGUCCAAUUUGGUGACUGAAUUCUUGAACAAAUUUGAUAUGCAAAAACAACCAGUCCUCAAUGUCUCAUAAGUUUUAGAAUAAAAAUUAGCCAAAUCAAGAGUCAGAUCUUCCAAUCAGCAAUUAGACCUCACUGUUAUGCAUUAAAUUCCCUGUGAUGAAACAUUCUAUCAACAUGAUUAAUAUAAUGAUGAUAAGUUGGAGGGAAAAAUUCAAAAACUUAAACAAAUGCUCUAAGAUGAACUUGAUAAGUAAUAAUUAGUUUAUUCCAAAAAAAUAUUAUCUGAUAUGAUUUCAAAUUUGAAUUAAAUCUUAAUUGCAAAUGAUACUCAAACUGUUAAAACUAUAGUCUAUAAAAUCGAGAAUAUGAUAAAGUAAUUGCCAUAAGAGGAUUGUGGAUCAAUCUAACUUUAUGAUUACAUGUCAAAAGCAAUGAAGGCUACCAAAAGAAGAAUGAAAUAAAUGGAUCCAUAAAAUCAACAAUAAGAAAAAACACUCAAAAGAAAGUUUUUCGAUCUUGCCACUUAAUUAAAGAAUAAAUUACCCUAAGACCAUCCUGGUAGGAAUGAAAUGAUUUCAGUUCUUUAUGAUCUAUAUUGUUAGGCCAACAAACCAGUAGAAAUGGAGGACUUUAUUAUAAAUCAAUUGAAUUUAGAAUUUUAAUCUCAUCAAGGCAAAUAGUAAAUUAAAAUCUAAUCUUUACUAAAAGGAAAAGCAAUUAAAGCAAAAAAACUGAACAAUAGCUUUCUCCUUCAGAAUUUGAGAACGAUAGCGUUACUCAAUAAUGGAAUGCUUGUAUACUAUUCAAAAUGCUUCAAAUCCAUAUAAUUAGAAGGUGAUCUUAUUAAGUAAAAACCUAAAUAUGGAGUCUAUUUCAAUAAUGUGUUUUAUUCUUGUGUCUAAAUAUCUGAAAAAGAAGUUGAAUUAAUUGUAAAGUUUAAGAAAUCCUAAUUAUUCAACUUUGAUGAUAAUUUAUUUAGUUAUUUGAUGGAUCCCAAGUCCUAAGACAUUGUACUUUGGAUCUUUACUAUCCCAAUAGAUGUUUAUAUCAAUAAAUAACAUUCCGAUCUUUUUAAAGGAUGUGACAGUUUAAAUUCUUUAAAUAAUCUCCAAGUUUCUCAAAUAGAAGUAAAAUCACAAAAAUGUAACAAUUAAAUGGCUUAAAAGGAAAAAAUAUCAAUUGAAUAUGUAAAUAAUACAACAAAAACCAAGAGUAAAAAAAGGGUUCAAUGGCUUGAUAUUUGGACUCAAAAAUAAAUUCCAGAAUCAAACAUUUAAUAUUUAAAUUCAGAAUAGACAACUUACAAUAGUAAAUCAAUUUAAUAAGAUGAUUAAUUAGAAACCUAUGAAGAAAAAACAGAUCUCAAGAUCAAAAACAUUGAAAUUAGAAGGCUGUCUCUCACAUGA